AUGAAGGAACUUCCCAUUGUUUCCAUAGCACCGCUCAGCUGUCCUUGUAAAACAGUGAACACACACUUUCCAGUUCUAGUAAUCCUGGGUGUUUAUCAUGUUCAGAGAAACUCAAGCUAUUGCAUGAUUAGCCCCCUGUUUGGCAAGGGAACCCCAUACAGAGGAGACACCAAACCCGCACCGCCCCUUCAUCCUGGGUCGCCCAUGGUUGUAAUUCAGCAUGUUUCGCAGAGUAAAUCUGUCGUGACUUUGCUUUUGGGUCCUAUGUCAUUGCUUUCUGAUGCUUCUAUAAACAUGCACACAAAUGGAGAAGACAGUACCUCUGGCUGCUGCAUUGCCAUAGACUAUAACACAUGCCUACUUUUCUCAAAUGCUUCAUUUCUGGUUUCUCUUCGUUCUUCUCUAACAUAG